AUAAAUAUACAUGCAUCUCCCGUUACAAAAUCAUCAUACUGGAAGGCAAUUUAGGAGCGCUCGGCAAUGGGAAACCAUAAAAAGCUGAGAGAAUUGAUUUGUUCCAUCAUCCAUGUGAAUAACAAGCAAGGCAAGGCAUGUGGUUUUUUGAGGGGUACUUUGUAAUUAACUCUUUAUCCCUUCUUGUUUUCCUUUUGGCUUUGGUUUCGUUAUUAGGACCUGGGAGACAUUGAAGGGAAAAAGUCGUCCAAGGUCUGGGAACUCUCAUUUCUGCGCAAGUGCUGUUGUAAAUUGGCCACAUUUGUUUCACUCCCCAUUGUCUCCACUCUCCAACAAGAAGUGCAGAUUAUACGGAAAGAGUUUUGAGUUUUUUGACAGCUAACAUCUGAAGUUUUUCUGGACUCUUUUCACUUCUACACGUUGAUGAAGGCACUGUAAGUGGAAGAUGUAAAGGGAAGUGGAGAAAAACAGGUGGAGAUCUCAUUCCACUGUAAGGACACUACAAGUUGGAACUGGCCCUUUGCUGCUUGGUUGUUUGGUCUCUGCACUAAUUUGUUAAUUUUGAAGUUGUGGCAGCAGUUUCCUCUUCCUGCAUCUUUUUAUGCAAGGGAUACACGAGUUGUCAUAGUGUGCUAUUCUGAGUGAAGCUAUGAAGCAGGAACUCCAGCGCUCCAAAUCAGGUUCAUGUAAGCAAAAAACAAAAGGAACAGUUGUGGCUGAGGCAUCUCAAAAUAAAAUGGAAAAGCAAACUAAAAUUGACAAAGGCGAGAAUAUCAAAUCCCUUUCAUCUGUAAAAUCAAAUUUGGAAAAGCUAAAUACCAAGUUAAUGACAAAAAAGUCGAAGGAAAUAAAUUUGGAUUCAGUCAGGAGCAAAGAAGAGAAAAGCCGGAAAAGGAAAAAAGAAGAUGAGCAGAAGAAACCCAAGUCAAAUAGCAUAAUUUCUCCAACUCCAGAAGCAAAGCGCAGAAAAGAGAUCAAAUUGGAGCCAGUGAAGAACUCUGGGAAUAUCUCCCUAGUACAAUUACUAUCAAAAAGUAAGAGUGCAGAAAGCAGAAAACCAAAGCCUAAUAUAAAGCCCAAGAAACCAAAAGCCACUUCAGUAUCUGUAAAAACCUCAAAAAAGAAGCCUUCAAAUGGUACUGCUGCACAGAAUUCAGUUAAAAAGGGCAAGACGACUUCAAAGUCUGAGCAAGGAAAGGAGGAGGAGGAAACGGAAAGUGGUAGUCAUGAAAAACUUAAACCAAAGAGCCCAAAUUCUAAUGCAGAGGCCAGGGAAAAAAAUCAUGAUUCACUUUCAGUGAGAGCCGAACCAUCAAGAAGUAAAGAUCAGACACAGAAUGCAACCCUAAAGACACCCAGGCUGAGUUCUAUUCAUCAAACACAGAUGGAAGCGGGGAAGCAGAAGAAUGCAAAAGCAACUAAACAUGAAGUUGCUGACUCGUAAACUUGUCAAUGUGGAACUCUUAUAUUUGUGUUGUAACCUAAAACUGUGUACAUUGCAAAGAUGCUUAUCAGAGCACGACGCAUAUGCUGGAAGAAGCAUGUGAAGCUGUACCUUUUCUUUUGAACAUGUCCAGAGGAUGUGAUUGAGCUACUGAUAAUUUGGACGGUAUGCUUCUUUCUUUUUUUUUUGUGAAAGGAAUAUGAAAUUAUACCCUUCCCCACCUUUUUUUUUGGUUGUGUAUCUUGAAUAUCUGAAUCGUUCAGAGAAUGUGAUUGGUCUACGCUGAUCAUUCAGCUGGUAUGCUUUGUUUUUAUGUGGCUGCAUGAAAAUGUGCUGCAGGAGGUGCCAAAUUCUCUUGCUGAGCCAAUGUCCCACUGAAUAGUAACAAUGAAUGC